AUGGGUUUAGCAGAAUUGGCUAUUAAGAUGACAUUAAAUAAGGUGACACCUAACCUGUAUGGAAACCUAGUUGCAAACGCUGCUAUUGGUAUUGCUGGCGGUACAGGGGUCAUGCCAGGAGGUAACGUUGGCACGGAGUACGCGAUCUUUGAACAAGGUGCAUCAGCCGGGAAUGUUGGGAAACCAUCAAUGGUUGAGAAAAAGAGAGCAAACCUAGUGGCUCUGCUUCUUUCAUCAGCCAUGAUGAUGAGACAUCUUCAACUUCCUAAUUAUGCAGAUCUGAAACGCAUUAUUUACGAGAGUAAAUACCGAACUAAAGAUCUUGGUGGAAGUAUCACAACACAAGAGGUUACUGAUGCAGUCAUAUCUGCACUUACAUGA